ACCUCUCAAACUGUUAUAUAAGUAUUUCUCUCUCUCACUUCAUUUUUCAUCCUCCUCCAUGCUCCAUCUAGUUUUUUCUUCUGUUCUCUGUUUCAUAUAUGCAAAUAAAAAUCUUAUUUCAGUAUAUACAAAUCUUUAGAUCUCAAUUUUGAUAUAUGCUGGAUACUUUAGAUUUUCUUAUUAUUCCGUAGCUGCAAAUUUAUAAAAACCUUCAAAGCAUGUAACUGCAACCACUUUUCUUCAUCUUCUAUCUAAAAAAACCCCAAAAAAAUUAGUUGGAUUUUCAUAAAAAUUUUAUUCGCAAUGCUUUUUUGAUUAUUGUUGUACUUGGUUUUAUCGAUCUGGAUACUGUCCUGAAGAUUGUGUAGGAAAAACGUUAAAAAAGCCUGCAAAUCAUGUAAUUUCUAUCCAUUGUUGAAUUAUCUUACUCAAUCGUUUAAAAAAAAAAAAAAAGAGGUCUUUGAUUUGGUUUUUACUCACUGGAAUGCCGGAAUUCGAAGUCGAAACUCUGACAAUGUCGGCGCCAGCGACGCCUGGAACGCCGGCGCCACUGAUUUCUUCUCUGCGAAUAGACUCAGUUUCUUACGAUUGGAAGUCAAUGCCACGAUGCAAGUGCCUGCCAGUUGAUGCACCCACUUGGGGUGCACCACAUACGUGCAGCCUCACCGAUUUCUCUGUGCCUGACAUCCCUCUUACUCGCAAGCUGGGAGCAGAGUUUGUUGGCACAUUUAUCCUGAUAUUUGCUGCAACGGCCGGACCAAUCGUAAACCAAAAGUACAAUCAAGCCGAAACACUUAUAGGCAACGCAGCAUGUGCUGGUCUCGCAGCUAUGAUCGUGAUUUUAUCAACAGGUCACAUCUCGGGUGCUCAUCUUAAUCCGUCACUCACUAUUGCUUUUGCUGCAGUUCGCCACUUCCCAUGGGCUCAUGUACCAGGCUACAUUGUAGCACAAAUUUCAGCCUCCAUUUGUGCUUCCUUUGCGCUCAAAGGUGUUUUCCAUCCUUUUAUGUCCGGUGGUGUUACUGUCCCUUCUGUCAGCAUAGGCCAGGCUUUUGCCCUUGAAUUUCUUAUAACCUUCAAUCUGCUAUUCGUCGUUACUGCUGUUGCCACUGAUACCCGCGCUGUUGGAGAAUUAGCAGGCAUAGCAGUUGGAGCCACUGUCAUGCUUAAUAUUCUUGUUGCGGGACCAUCGAGUGGUGGCUCGAUGAAUCCUGUCCGAACUCUUGGACCAGCAGUGGCAGCAGGGAAUUACAAGGCAGUCUGGAUAUACCUUUUGGCACCUACACUUGGAGCUCUUGCAGGGGCUGGCAUUUAUACUCUAGUUAAGCUUAACGGAGAAGAGGAAGAAGCCCCAAGCCAGGCGAGGAGUUUCCGUCGCUAGACAACCUUGCCAAGGACAGCUGAAAUAUGAAAUUUGUGUGAAUAAAGGCAAAGGUCGAAGACUAUGUUUCUUUGAUUCUAGGCCGAAAAAGGUUUGAAUAAAUUAUGCUUGGAGAUGUACUCAAUUUGUAUUGUUGUAUCCAAGCAUUUGAUGGAUGCAGACAUUUGUAUCUUUUUUAUGUACUUUGAUGUAUUUGGAGUCUGACAUGGAAACAGUUUCGUGAUUGUGUUAUUGUGUAUAAUAAUAUGUAUGAUUUGGUGAACAA